UUUCCGGGUCGCUCAUUUUUUCAGAACACCGCCGGAACCCCAAAGUAAGCAUGGAAAUAGUUUCGGUGACAGAGUUGUGUGUUCUUCUGUCUGGGUGCUAUUUUAGUUUUUUUUAAUCCAACAUGUUGAUGAAAUAACGUUUAACCAGUCUCUCUAUAUAGGGUUUAACGAGUGAUAAGGCCAUAAAUCCCCGUCUAACACCCGGCCGGAGGCCAGACUUAAAGUACCUGGUGAGAUAAGUGUCAUUUAAUGCCGUUUUAAUCUAAUUAGCUGUGAUAUCAACUUCAUGUACGCAGAAUGGCAACUGUACUAACUUGGCUGGCGGGGGGGGAAGUAGUAAGUACUGUACUGUACUGUACCGCUUGCUCAGCUCAGGCUAUUUUGAAAAAAGACCGGCCCCCUUGUCUGUAGACUGGAGGGGGGUGUCGGUCAUGGUGGCGGGGCCGAGCCAGGCACUCACACGCAGCUGCUCGGAUAACCAUGUCAGAAGAUGACCGAUACAAUUGUCGCGGAGGGACAAGUCAAGUUUAGAGAUGGAAAAAAGUGGAAGACUCGGUGGGUCGUCAUUCGGAAGCCGUCUCCAGUCGCAGAUUGUCUAUCUGUGCUGGCCUAUAAAGAGAGAAAAGCCAAGGAGCGAGCAGGCCACAAGGAUCGUCUCGGUGUGACGUUGGAGGGCAUCUUUGGUGUGGAACCUGGGCCUGGCUAUGAUGGAGUCAGCUACACUCUCUCCAUACUCUGCCAAGCACACACUCUGGUGCUGGGCUUCCACAGUCGAGAAGCUCUCCAUGCCUGGGACGCCCGCGUACGCUACAGCCUGGGAGAAGUCCACAGAUUCAGUGUCAAUGUGGAACCAGGUACUAAACUGGAGAGGGGCUCCGCUUCUCUCCACCUGUGCAACAACCUACUGGCCCUCACCAGAGGUCUGCCUCCUGUCAUCAUUGGGCACUGGAAGUUGUCUACAUUGCGUAGAUAUGGUGCUGUGCCGAAUGGCUUCGUGUUCGAGGGCGGGACUCGCUGCGGAUACUGGGCUGGAGUUUUCUUCUUGUCCUGCUCAGACGGGGAGCAGAUCAGUUAUCUGUUUGACUGUGUCGUCGGUGGCAUCACCCCUAGCAAGGUCCCACAUGGGCUGCGGCCUUCCCUGCCAGCAGAGACUCUCAGCACUGAGCCAGCAUCAACAGAAAAUCGGAUCAAGCAGGAGACUUCAGAGCUGGAGAAAAGACUCAGCAUGCUGUCGACUUGCAGCCUAGCAAGCAGCACAGCUUCCACCUACAGCUGCAGCACAUCUGUUGCCGGGGACGACCGCAGCAGCAUCUCCAGCUCCUCUUCAGGCCAAUCGGACACAAGCUACGGGAGCAGGCUUCCUUUCUGGGUGGAGCCGUUUGCGAAGUUGCACCACUCCAGUGAGACGGCGUCAAGCUCUUCCACGCUGCGGCCCUUGACCAGCUCAGAUGACCGUCUUUACGCUGCUGUGAUGGGAUGCCGAACUGCGUCCUCCACCCAGCCCCAUCCUCGUGGUCUCCUGGACAGCGGGCGUCAGAGCUCGUUAGACAGCGGCAUUGGAAUAGCGACCGGGAGCUCAGGGAGCUUCUCUUCCUACACAGGAAGUCUGGACAUGGCCCCUCAGGUAGCGGGAGAGGAGUUUGGCUCCAUGACCAGUCUGCCUGCUCCUACUCCCCCAAAUCCUCCUCCCUCACCUUGCCAGGCCUCGCCUUUCCUGCAGCACGCCACCGGCCCAUUUUGUGGCACUAGGUGCAGCUCUCAAGCCUCCCAAAGUGAUGAGUGCCAGAAUUCGAGCCCGCGCUACGAUGUUCCCAGGAGUCUCCUCCAGAACUGGACCAUGAGGAACACGUCAGCUGUUAAGGGUGCUGAUGGGCACGGAAGUCAGGACCAAGGAGUGACCAGAAGCCCAACAGCAUCGAAACUUGGGCGGCAGACUUCAAUGCAGCGCUCGCUCUCCUGGGGCAGUGAGAGAGUGCCUCCUGGAGGCAGUGGGGAGACGUCUACCCCUCAGCCGAUGUUUGUGCUGGGAGAAACACAGUGCUUUCAUGGUUUCGAUAACUACAUCACACCUGAGCAGUGGCGCUCUGCAAAGAGUUUAAUGAUGCAGGUUGGCAACUCCUUUUCAAGUCCAUGGCCCUCUGCAGAUCCACCAGACUCCAUACUACGACGUGUGAGAGAGGAACACCAUGGCAGUCAGGAUGUAGAUCGGUCCUCUGUUGCAGCCUCCCCUGUCACACUGAGCAUGGCCAGGCCAAAGUCGACAUGCGGCACGUUCCAGUCUAUAAGUGAAGUUCCAGCAGCUGCCUCGCAGGACACUAAGCACCACCUCAAUUAUGUCAACAUCCCAACUGCUAAAGCGAACAUGGAUCUGACAGAGCCAGACCUGCAGGAGCCUACUUUAUCUCCAGGGUCCAGUCCCAGCUGUCCUGUCACAGAAGAAAGGAUCCAUCAGGUUCACCCUCACCAACAACGUUGCCAUGGAAACGUCUCCAAGAGUGGCGGUGGAGCACACUCGGGGCUGCCAGUUGACUCAGACGGACAGCAGGCGGCGAGGGCCACCACGCUGACUUGGAUGACACGUCACUUCUCGCAACUCCCUCAUAUUCCAAAGUCCUCGUAGAACAAGCCAUUCCAAAUACAACAUGAAGAAUAUCACGUGUGGGAUUCGUGUUGUGUGGGUGCUUAGAUCUGAAUUUAUAAGUUUGCAAUCCUGUACUUAUAAUGGUUAACACUUUAGUAUGGGGAACAUAUUCACCAUUAAUUAGUUGCUUAUUAACUUGCAAAUUAGUAACAUAUUGCCUCUUAAUUAGUCACUUUUAAGUACUUAUUAAUGCCUUAUUCUGCAUGGCCUUAUUAUACAACCAGUAAGCCAUUAACUAAGAGUCUUCCCUCAAUAACAUCAGAAUUAUUGCUUAUUAGUAACCCUAACCCUAAUAUGUUCCCCUAGAGUCCAAAUACUCUAAAUUAAGUCUUUGUUACUUUAAUAAGCGGGCAGCACGGUGCAACAGGGGUUAGUGCAUGUGCCUCACAAUACGAAGGUCCUGAGUAGUCCUCGGUUCAAUCCCGGGCUCGGGAUCUUUCUGUGUGGAGUUUGCAUGUUCUCCCCGUGACUGCGUGGGUUCCCUCCGGGUACUCCGGCUUCCUCCCACCUCCAAAGACAUGCACCUGGGGAUAGGUUGAUUGGUAACACUAAAUUGGCCCUAGUGUGUGAAUGUUGUCUGUCUAUCUGUGUUGGCCCUGUGAUGAGGUGGCGACUUGUCCAGGGUGUACCCCGCCUUCCGCCCGAAUGCAGCUUAGAUAGGCUCCAGCACCCCCCGCCACCCCAAAAGGGACAAGUGGUAGAAAAUGGAUGGAUGGAUACUUUAAUAAGCAACUAAUUAAUGGUGAAUAUGUUCCCCAUACUAAAGUGUUACUUUAUAAUGAUAUAUCCUUUAGAAGCGGCGUCCUCUGCAGUGGACAUUUGUUGGCUCUUUUAUCCGUAACUUUGACUAAAUAAAUAAACCAGAAGACAGGGGUUCUCAGGAGGGCAUUUAAUCUUUUUGGCCGUAUGGUCCUCAACAUCUGCUGAGGUCCUCUGAGCAGAAAGCGCCAAAUAUUGAAAAGUCACAAUUUUAAUUUGUUUAGCCAGAAUUUACUUCAACGGCAUGCCCGUUAAAGCCUCUCCCCCAGCUGACAUUGUGUGGAAUUGUAUCGUUCAUCACUAAAGCAGACCCACCGGCCCUCAAUUGUGUCGUAUGUUUGACUUUUCGGAGGAAAUCAUUCCACAUCAGAGCUUCACAGUGUUAGAGUUAUGUGUCAGGUGGUGAUGAAUGCAGUGGAGUGGAGCGAGCGAUCAGUAUUCAUCCAGCAGUGCAUGCCUGCUGGAUGAAUUGUACAGCACAUGCGUGUGAUCCAAUUUCCUGCCCCCCCCCUCUUGAUGGUAUUGAGACAAACCGGCUAAUAUUUGACGCCAAUUUACUUUUAUGGCUGUCUUGAGGGGGAACCUCAUGAUGCCUUGUCACAGGAAGUCGCCACUUUCCCAGCAGCGUUUGCUGGUGUCACCGCGGGGACACAUUUCCCUGACAAGGCUUGUAAAUAGCAAAUGCCAACUAUAUUAAAAUAUAUUUUUCAAAUGUACGUCGGGAUCUUUCUGUGUGGAGUUUGCAUGUUCUCCCCGUGACUGCGUGGGUUCCCUCCGGGUACUCCGGCUUCCUCCCACCUCCAAAGACAUGCACCUGGGGAUAGGUUGAUUGGCAACACUAAAUUGGCCCUAGUGUGUGAAUGUUGUCUGUCUAUCUGUGUUGGCCCUGCGAUGAGGUGGCGACUUGUCCAGGGUGUACCCCGCCUUCCACCCGAUUGUAGCUGAGAUAGGCUCCAGCGCCCCCCGCGACCCCGAAGGUAAUAAGCGGUAGGAAAUGGAUGGAUGGAUGUUGUUGCAGACUUUAUUAGAAAUGUGUGCAAGGUUUUCUGCUCCUCACUCACUCACAUUUUUUUUAUGUUAGGUGAAUUCCAACAGAAGGAAGACAAUAAGUCAACAGACUGAAGGCGAACAUGUGCACACCUUUAUGGCCACUGGGUGGAGGUUAGACACAUUUCAUUGUUUCAAGUCUUCCUGUGUUCGUUAUCCUCUUUUUAAAGGUGAACACUCAUUCGUUUUAAAUAAUUAGAGCAGUUUUCAUCACCUGUAAUUGUGCACGUUUUUUUCGUCAAUUGACCAAAUUUAUCUACAACUACAACUCAACUUGUUUUUGAAUCUAACAUUGGUCAACUUACAGGUGCAAUUUAUAUUUGAUUUGUCAAAAGUUUUCAACAUGGUUGACCAUUAUCUCCUGGACAAACUGCAUCAUGUUGGACUUGUUCAAGUGCACUCUGGUAAAACUCAUCGUCAAAAUCGGUAUUAUGUUUCUGUCAAUGGUUGUCAAUCCAGUCAAAGGUUAGUUGAUUGCGGUGUUCCACAAGGUUCCGUUUUAGGUUCACUUUGUUUCCUUAGUUUAAAAGUUAUAUGCUAAAGACCACUAAUAGUCGCACACACAGUAGGUGUGGUGAAAAUACAGAGCUGCAUUUGACCCAUCCCCUUGUUCCACCCCCUGGGAGGUGAGGGGAGUAGGGAGCAGCAGCAGUGGCCCAGCUCAGGAAUCAUUUAGGUGAUUUAACCCCCAAUUCCAACCCUUGAUGCUGAGUGCCAAGCAGGGAGGUAAUGGGUCCCUUUUUUAUAGUCUUUGGUAUGACUCGGCCGGGGUUUGAACUCACAACCUACCGAUCUCAGGGCGGACACUAACCACAAGGCCACUGAGCAGGUCUAACUCACUCACAAUUACAAUCAAACAAAUCACAAUUAGUGACUAAACUCAACUUUGCUCAUUGUCAUGUUUAUCUCUCUUAUUUACAUUCCAAUUCCGAUACAUAACAGAUCAAAUAUAAUUUCAAAAUAAAAUGUAUUGCUAUCCAACAAUGGUUCGAUAACAAAAGGCUUAUUCUUAAUAUGGAAAAAAAAUCAUGACGUAUGCUGUUUAGUACAAAAUAUGGUUUAUUUCACUUACCCGAGUUGCUUACUCAUUUUAGCGAUGGACGUCCACUAGAAUGAAUGAAUGUAUUCUAAUACUUUGGUCUACUCUAUGGAUUGACCCUGAUCUUACUUUUUAAAACACAUUACAGGCCACAUGUGUGGACACACCUUCUCAUUUCACUGCAUUUUUUUAUUUUUGUUAUGACUAUUUACGGUCACUGAAGGCAUUAAAACUAUGAAGUGAAACGCAUUUCAGGUGACUACCUCUUGAAGCUCAUCGAGAGAAUGCCAAGAGUGUGAAAAACAGUUAUCAGAGCAAAGGGUGGCUAUUUUGAAGAAACUAGAAUACAAAACAUGUUUCCAGUUAUUUCACCUUUUUUUGUGAAGUACAUAACUCCACAUGUGUUCAUUCAUAGUUUUGAUGCCUUCAGUGACAAUCAAUAAUGUGUCAUGUAAAUAGAUAGAUUCAUAGUCAUGAAAAUAAAGAAAGCUCAUUGAAGGAGAAGGUGUGUCCAAACUUUUGGCCUGUACUCUAUAUUGAUUUUAUUUGUGAGAAUCAAUGGCUGUUUGGUCUCUCUACAAAUGAAUCAAUUGUUUUUAAUUUCUAGUAGGAAAAAUAUUUUUUUCUCAAUUGUUUCGUCCCAUACUGGAUUAUGCUGUCGUCUACCAAAACACUACGGAAUCUAUCCUUAAACCUUUCAAUAUUUUAUACAACUCCUUGUGCAGAUUUGUCUUGAGAUGUCCCUUUAGUACUCACCAUUACCAUUGAACUAUCCUAAACCCAGGCGACACUUUCACAGGGUCUUGUUUUAUUUUCAAUGUGUCCACUUAAAUGUUCCAUUGUACUUAAAACCGCUUUCAUACAACUGCUCCAUGUUCUCUCAGACAUGUAUGACUUAUUCAUUUUUUGCAGUCCCUAAAAUAUAAUCUUACUUUAGUUUAUUAUUAUUUUAAUCUUUUGAUUAGGGGUUCUCAAACUGUGCUACACGGGCUCCAUCUAAUGGUACGUGAAAGAAUCACUUGAUUAAAAGUAAAAGGUUUUAUUUUCCAAAAUUAAAACAGUAUUACCGUUCAAACUGUGUAAAAUAUUAAAUAUUAAAUAAUGCCUUGUUUUUAUUGAAUAGUUAGGCCUACUACGCUACUGUAUUUUAUUGUUGAUCAUUAUGAUGGUACUUGGGGUGCCAUGUAUUUUCCUGGGGGGUACUUGGUGAAAAAGGUUUUAGAAGCACGACUUUAGAUCAAAUUUAAGUACAUUUAUGAACAAUGUUGUUUGAUUUUUUUCGUCGGCUCAAAUUAGCAGUCGUAUCCUGCUGCUCCUAACAUUGUAUUGUAUUGCAAUGUAUUAUGUAUGUAUAAAUGCAGUAGAAGUGGUAAAACAGUGUGUUUCUGUGUUGUUUUAUUCUAAUACAUGUUUUUUUGUAUUUGUGUUGGAACUAUCCUUAUUAAAUUGAAAAUUUGAAAUUGAAAUUUCCAUAAAUAAUUGCUACUAUUGAGUACUGAGCCACAUGUAAAUAUAUUUAUUGAAAUUGCACUAAUUAUUUAUUACAAAAAAAGAACCGAUUCAUUAAAAAAAAAAUCAUAUGGUAUGUACAGACUGGUGAUUCAUUUGAAACAAAUCAACAAGAAAAUGCUAGAAAAGUAGAAACAAAAAAAAUAGAUGACUUUUACAGCGUCUACUGAGCUGGAAGAAUGAGAUGGAAAGCAGGCAGCAAGAUGUUGAC